AAGACUAUCACUGGUAAAAUGCGAUACAAUUGAAGGUGUUACUGUGUUAGAAGAUUCAAUAGAAUUCGCAAAUAAGAUUCUCCAUAUAAAUACAGACAACAUUGACCCUCUGUAUACUGUAUUGGAAGAAGAAGUAUUUCAUUUUGCAGGCAUUUAAGUUUACGUAAUGAUGUUAUUACUCAAGGUAACUGUCAAGAGGAUAUUCUAAAGAAUGCUGUUAUAAAGGAAGAUGAUUACUUUGUUGCCCCACCAGGAAACAUACCAUUACAUGAAAUUGAACAAAAUGAUACUAAAGUUGUUUUAAACAAAAAUGAGCGCUCAAAUGAAACAAGUAUUUAAUUUAAGAACAUUCUUCUCAUUUAUAAAAAAGAUAGAUAAUAAACAUUUAUACAAAAUAGAACCCUCAAGUAAAAACAUUUUACACAACAUUCAUAUAAGCUGGUUAAAUUCCAUACAUUCAAAGUCACAGUCAAAUUUUCCAGUAUAUUUAAAAAAAGAAAAAGACCAUGCUGGUGUAAAGAACACUUUAUGCUAUGGGUUUAUUGAGAAAACAUUUGAUUUAUAUCCUGAAAUGAUAGUUUUUUAUGAAGACGAGUGUAAUAUUAAGAAUGAAUCAGUAUUGAAGCUAAUGCUAACUGUACCAAAACAAGACAUAAUGCAGUACUUCUUUCAGUGGCAAAGAUAUAGAAAGUAUUGGUGGAGUUCAACUACCACCACUCCAAGUUUAUUUGCAGUGAAGGAUAUGACACAUGGACCCUCUACUAUAGACACUCAGAUAGUUGCAAAGUUCCAUGAUAAUGAAAUUAUUGUUGAAAAUGUAUCAAUAAGCACAGUUAAAAAUCUUUCGGAACACACUGCAAUUCUAACAUGUAGCAUGUCUUUAGAAACAGCUCUAUGUACUCUAUUGCUGGAUGGAGUGUUAAAUAAAACAACAAAUGGCUAUUUGCGGCUUCACAAUAAAAUGGCUCCAUAUAAAAUUUCCUUUGCAUUAAACUGUCAAGAUUCAAAUAAUCAACAAAUACUGGAACAAUUGGCAACUCUCAUUUACAGCAAACUCAAUGCAAGACACAUAUCAACAUUGUUAUCUAAUUUCUCACUACCACUGCAAGCUCAGAUAGAAGAAAAUCUCGAAAGGGGUGUCACAUAUACAGCAAUUUUAAGUGAUGACUCUCUUAAAAAUGGCAUUUUUCAAUUGCUUAACAGCAGUACUAUGUUGAAGGAACAAGUUCAUUUAUCGGACUUUGAAGACUAUGCAUCUUUAAUUUGUAGUAAAUAGUUUUAUGCAGAAGUAUUUAACAUUUGUAAAUAAAAAGUAUUAAACCUAA